AUGGCUACUAGACAAGAUCCCGACGGUCGUUCAAGGUUUGCCAAGCUUGGACUAGCAAUAAAUGAUGAGUUAACACAGGCAUAUAGAGAUAUUCUUGAAAUGGAGGUGUCCCCUGCAUGCGUGUUGAACAGAGUGAAAUCAUCAGGAAUUUUUCAAACCCUCUAUCCUGAUCAGUUACUUCUUCUGGGAAAUGCAAAAAAUGUUGGAUUUAAGGAUUUUGACAUUUCACUUUUAUACAAAUUGCUGAGAAGCAUUUGUACGAGGAUUCAGAAACCAACAAAUGGAUGGGGUGGGAAUACAAUGCCCGCAGAAGGAGAUACUACUGUAGGCGAUGAUAUUGAGAGGAUACGGUUAAUUCGGAACAAUUUAUUUGGGCAUGUGAGUUCAGCCUCGACUUCACUGACAACAUUCAAUAACUACUGGACAAUAAUAUCCGAAGUGUGCCGAAGAUUACAAACUUGCACUGCCAAAAAUUACUUGGAUGCACUUAAUAACAUUCAGACACAGUCAAUGGAAGAGUGUGAAGAAGCCAUUAUAGAAAAAAUUAAAGUUGAUUGUGAGAAAGAAAAAUUACUCCUAGAACAAGUUUCUUCUCUGGUGUCAGAUAUGCAAGAAAUAAAAGUAGCGUUGUGGUCUGAAAGAAAAGAAAAAGAUAAAGAAACAGUGUCGAGUCAUAUUAGUCCUAUACAGAAUCGAACCAGAUGA